CUGGUGUUUGGAUUCAUCAUCCUCUAUUCAAUUACUCACUCGACAUUCAGGCAGGCGAGGCAGGAAGGCAUUCCGCUUCUGAUUGCGAGAUCGUCUGGUUUCUAGACGCGUGAGUCGGUGUCUCCUGACGUGAGCAGACGCAAACUGGUUCUUUCGUCCUCUCAGUUGUGCUGAUCUUGCGCAGCCAACUUCCUUUGGAGCAUUGUCUAGUCAUUGUCUACUUCGCCGGUCGGGUCCUGUGCUCAACUGCGUGGACGACUUUGUCACAAGCAGCUCAGGAUGCACGAUCAGGCACAGCACGCUGGCUGAGGGGAGGAGGCACGCCACGCUAAAUAUUCGGGAAGCAGAGACCAUCCCUUACAGAAUUGGAAGAGAACUGAGCGUUCAAAGUUCUCUUGCGGACGCCAUGUUGUAGGAGUGCCUUAGGGUUGUGAUAGUAUGUAGAACUUGCUCUGGAGAGCUUCAGCGCAGGUGAUUUGGACGAAUCCGGGUCUUGAAGAAACCCGCUCUUCUGAUGCAAAGGUCGUGGUCACAGAAUCAUUCGUUACCUCCUACUGCAGGUCGUGAACCUGUGGUAUACUCUCGAGAGUAUGUUGACUCGGAAAAGAAGCAUAAGCUCAGAGGCUGACCUGCGUUCGAUGAAGGUUGGAGGGUUUUUUGUUAUGGAAUUCAGCAUGACGGCGGCACAGAUGCUCAGCCAAGUAGUAGUCCCCGAGGAGAGAAUAUUAUAGCAAUUUACAGUAGCUUUCUAGUUGAUAGUGUAUUAGGCUUCAGCCGGGUAGUGCGCAGAAGCCGGUAGCAUGACUACCAUGAAUCACGGCCAUCUUUCGCACCCACGGGGGGAGGAUCCGUAUCUCAUUGAUUGUUCAAGAGACAGUUUUUCACAGUCAGGCUUGCGGAAUAUCGAAGAGAAUCAUCCGAUGUUGAAUUCUGCCCUCACUGCGUACGCUGCCCCACCGGAGACUCCUCAAGAGCCAAUGGAGUUUCUGUCUCGGUCGUGGAGUAUCUCGGCCGUAGAUGUACACCGAGCUCUAGCUCCAGUUGUAACACACGAAAGCAGGAAGGUGUAUGGAAUCGCCGAUUUAACACAUCCCGAUUCGCAACUUGAGACAGCCCCUUUCUCGUUUGCGUCGUCGGUGACGUCGCAGCUAGUUAUGGAUCGCAUCUUGACCCCUGGAACUCAAGAGCUGUCGCCGUUUGCCUCCAGAAGAAACUCUCACAGCAGCGGUCCUUUGAGUUUUGUCAGCCCGCCAAUCUCUCCACGGGGAUCCGAUCAAUAUCGUCGUCAAAGUUUCAGUCUUGUUCCAAGGGGGAAGUCUAUGGGGAGAUGGAUCAAGGAUAUGAAGGAGAAAAAGAAGGAGCUGAAUCGUACGCGCAAAGCCCAAGUGCACGCCGCUGUUACAGUGGCUGGGGUCGCCGCCGCCAUUGCUGCUGUGGCUGCUGCCACGGCGGCUUCCUCAACCGACGAGCAGAGCACUCGGACAGCCAUGGCGAUGGCGUCAGCGGCAGCAUUGGUUGCUGCUCAGUGCGUCGAGGUGGCUGAAAGCUUGGGUGCUGAUCGCGAGCAAAUGGCAGCUGUAGUUAGUUCUGCCGUUAGUGUGAAAAGCGCAGGGGACAUUCUUACCCUGACUGCAUCUGCUGCGACAGCUUUGAGAGGAGCGGCUACUUUAAGGCAAAGAACGUUGAAGGAUGCUCGGAGUGUGGCCACCGUAAUGCCAUACGAGCGCAGCGUCGCGUGUCAAUCAUCUAUUGGUUAUGGUAGCGAUUACAUUGACGAGGACAGUGAGAUUGAGUACAGCACGCACGAGAUUCUGUCUAGAGGUGCAGAGUUUCUGAAGCGUUCAAGGAACGGUGAAGUGCAAUGGAGGCACGUCUUUGUAUAUCUUAACAAGCAGGGCCAGGUCGUCUUGAAGUUGCAAAGUAAAAUCAUCGGCGGAGCUCUGAAGAAGAACAAAAAAAGUCUUGUGCUACAUGUUUAUCCAGAUAUUCCAGCUUGGCCAGGAAGACAGCUUCUGGAUAAUGGCGAUCAGCGAAGAUAUUUCGCCCUAAAAACUACGAGAGGAGACGUGGAGUUUGAAUGUAAAACUGUGCAUGAGCAUCAGCUGUGGACUGAGGGAAUUAAUCGCUUGCUAUGUCUGUCGAAAAGAAGGGGCACUUUUUUGUAGAUCAGAGUUGAACCACUCAACUCCCUCCCCCGCCCCGCCUGGGAAAAGAGAGUACUGCAGCUUUUGGAUGGUUCAAGAUAUUGGUUGGGGAGAAUUUAACAGGAUGAGAUGAAGUACUUGGUCCAAUGGUCACUCGGUUUUCAAGAGAGACUCAACAAGUGGUUGCUGCACCAACUGAACUGUCCAGGCUCGUCAGAGUUGCUUCGCAUGAUACUGUCGGCGCACCGAAGUCCAGUCGACAGAUGCUGAAUGGUGCUGCACCGGGACUUCAUUCCCCCUCUUGUCUUGUGAUCAAAGAAUGAGUAUUAGAAUACUUACUACAACUCCAGGACUUGCAAACCUGUGUUAUCUGUGACGUGAGCUGAGUGAUGAACUCGCUAGCAUGCUGUGCUCUGACGGCAUCCCGAUGCGGUGCCCCAACGAGGUGGAAAGGAAGUUCGAGCAUCUGCUCUCCGGGGUUCACCGAGCUCGUCCAGUCACAGUUGAGUGAGUGAUAUCUAUAUAGGCAUGGGCUCCUUCGGUGAUGUUUGGUAGGAAGAUGUCUUCAUUGGAGGUGAAGUGCCCAUGUUUCGGGCCUCGGGACUUUGCCCGUGACACAGUCCCCAGAGCUACCACGUGGACAUGGGCCAGAAACUAAUGAUAUGCAGGAUUAUCUGCCACUGCAUCGGGGUGUUCCUUCCCGGAAGAGGUUCACACUGCCUAAAUAUCAGCGAGCACGUUGGAUCUGUCUCGAAAAGGUCGAGAGGUUGUGGAACCAAACCUGGAACCUCAUGAGCAUAUCGGCGUUCCAUUGGUAGAGGACUCUACCACGGGAUGGGUUUGGAAGCAGUGUACGCAACAGAAAGUCGAGCAGGGCAUGGUACGUUCGAUCCAAUUACCAAGCCUAGGAGGUAUUUCGGGAGGAGGGAAAAAACAUCCAACAGAGUUAAUCAUUGUACACAUUUCAUUUCGUUUUGCAAAACAGGGGGUGACGUGACCACUGAGUCGCGAAGAGUGGGAGGUGAGGGAACCUGCGAGUGACCUGGGUUCGACUUAGGGUGCCUCGAGAAUUGACAGAGAGAAGAGGCGGGGAACUUUGGAACAUGCUCAUGCUGAACAGGGAAAGUGGUGAAUACGUAGUGGCUGACAAAUGUAGGAAUGGUAGGAAGAGAUGAAACUCGGCUUGGAGUCUCGCAAUAUACGCGAACUGCCAGUGUGCUAUCGUCAACAGUGCAAAUUGCCGUUAGCACCAAAUGAUGUACAGCAGCUAACGAUCGAGCGGCCUCCAACAUGAGUGGCGGUUGGUAGGAAUAUCAUUGAGUAGCAAUGUUAUGAUCGCAGCCACGAUGAUUAGAUUAGGCCAGAUGACAAUGGCGCUUGAGAAUGCACUCAAUGCGUACAGAGUAAAACACUAAGAGUGAAUUCUUAACACUGGUAACAAGGUGUGUUCUUUUUGGUCAUCGUGUCGAAGAAAUGCGCUCGACGGGCUCCGGAAUUUCCGAGAAGGUCCCCGGGUUUCGCCACCAGUCGUGUGUGACGGGAUUCUUGUAGACUUAGUUAGUUUUAUCAUACUAGACUUAGUGGAUUAGUAUAUACCACUGUUCGCCCUUGAUCCUCUUGUGAAAAUGGCUUUUUUAGUCUUAAUUGUGAAUUUGCACUACUUGCUAUCCUACCG